AUGGGGUUGAUGUCCAUAUCAGUGGUGGCCAUCUGCAGCGGUAACGAGCGACCGCCGCUGCUGCCGCUUUGCAUAAGUAAUGACGCCCCCCCCCCCCGCUCCCCCGCCGCACCCCGCCCUAGGCCUAUCGAUUGCGGCGGCGCAAGGGCGGGCUCGGCCGUAAUUGUCACACCGAGCGACACGCUCCCCGCUCCUGCAAAACAGACCCUAAGCCACGCCCGUAAGGCACAGUUUGCCCCACCCCGCAUCGGGAUUGAGCGCGCCGAGGCCCGCUACAAGUUCGGAGGCGGCCCG